CUCCCUCCCUCUCUCUCCUUCCUCCCUGGCUGGCUGGCUGGCUGCUUUUGGAAUUUCUUCGUCUUUGAUAUGGGAAAACCCCAAGAACUGCAACUCCACAUCAUUGUUCAAGAAGUCAAGGAAGAAAACUCACCUCAGUAUCUGAAUGGCAAGAAACUAACAAGCCCUGAACCCAGAAACUAUAAGUGGUGGAUCUCUAUCAUCAUGUAUGCGUUCUUUGUACUCUUCGGCCAGUCAGCAUCCACACUCUUGGGACGCCUAUACUAUGACAAAGGAGGGAAGAGCAUAUGGGUAGCUACACUUGCGCAACUUGCGGGCUUCCCAAUCCUCAUUCCAUGUUACUGCCUCUCACCACCUAGAAGUUGCACAACAAAUGAGCAAACAAAGCAGCCAUCUGCCUUGAUACUGGCAAUAAUCUAUUUCUCUUUUGGUAUUUGCCUAGCAGCAUACAGCUUGAUGUAUUCUUUUGGACUCUUAUACCUUCCAGUAUCAACUUUUUCCCUCAUUUGUGCAUCCCAAUUAGCCUUCACUGCUCUCUUCUCAUUUUUCCUUCAUUCGCAAAAGUUCACUCCUUUUAUAAUCAAUUCACUAGUUUUACUAACCAUCUCCUCCACCCUCCUGAUAUUUCAAACUGAUCCAGCAAGCCACGCUGAAGUCUCUAAAGGAAAGUAUGCAAUUGGAUUCAUAUGCACUAUUGGUGCGUCUGCUGGGUAUGGCUUGAUGCUUUCUCUGACACAACUUGCCUUCAAAAAGCUUCUAAAAAGAGAAACACAUGCAAAGGUCUUUGAAAUGGUGAUAUAUCAGUCACUGAUUGCCACUUCUGUUGCCAUAGUGGGGCUCUUCAUCAGUGGAGAAUGGAAAAAUUUGUCAGUAGAAAUGGAGGAGUUUAGACUGGGUAAGUUUUCCUAUGUGAUGACCCUAAUUGAGACAGCUAUAGCUUCAGAGUUUUUUGUUGUUGGGGCUAUAGGAUUGAUUUUCGAAGUGUCUUCUCUCUUCUCCAAUGCCAUAAGUGUCUUGGGUUUGCCUGUUAUUCCAAUUCUAGCUGUGAUCUUUUUCCAUGAGAAAAUGGAUCCAAUAAAGGUAAUUGCUAUGGUAUUGGCUAUAUGGGGCUUUGUCUCAUAUGUCUAUCAGUGUUAUCUUGACAAUACAAGCUCCAAGAGUGAAUAUAGAAGUGGCAGUGAAGUUUCAAAGAGUCCAUUACUUGAAGAGGUUAGUUAAUGGAUAAGUUGGGCUUCCACGGUCUAUAUGAGAUUGUCAUUUUCUGCAAAACAAGAAAUACAACCUCAAAAGUAAUCUUUCUCA